AUGUCUGAAGCUGAAGUUCCCGAGGUCAAGACUUACGACGUCCCCUCGCGUCUCUUGGGCAAGGAUGGCCGUCCUGUUCCUCACGUAGAUGCGGCUAGGUACGAGAAGGACUACCCCGAGUCCAUCAACAACACUGACGAAUUCUUUGGCAAGGUCGCUCGUGAAAUCAUCGACUGGGAUGUCCCCUUCAAGACGGUCCGCUCUGGUGGAUUUGAGAAUGGCGAUGUUGCCUGGUUCAACGAGGGUCGUCUCAACGCCGCUUACAACUGUGUCGACCGAUGGGCUCACAAGUACCCCGACCGUGUCGCCAUCAUCUACGAGGCUGAUGAGCCAGGCCAGCACCAGGAGAUCACCUAUUCGCAGCUCCUCGUCCAGGUCUCGCAGGCCGCCAACAUGCUCAAGUCGCUCGGCGUCAAGAAGGGUGACACUGUCAUUGUCUACCUUCCCAUGAUUCCCGAGGCUGCCGUUGCUCUGCUCGCAACUGCCCGUAUUGGUGCGAUCCACUCGGUCGUCUUUGCCGGUUUCUCCGCCGACUCGCUCCGUGACCGUACCAACGACUGCGGCGCUCGUGUCGUUAUCACCACCGACGAGGGUAAGCGUGGUGGCCGAACCAUUGCUACCAAGAGCAUCGUCGAUGCUGCCCUCAACGAGUGCCCCAAGGUCGAGCACGUCGUUGUUGUCAAGCGUACCGGCGGUCAGGUCAGCAUUGAUGAGAAGCGCGACAUUUGGUGGCACGAGGCUUGCUCGCGUGAGCGUGCUUACUGCCCUCCCGAGUCCGUGAGCUCGGAGGACGCACUGUUUAUCCUCUACACUUCCGGUUCCACCGGUAAGCCCAAGGGUGUUGUCCACGCCACUGCAGGAUACCUUCUCGGUACUGCGUUGACCUUGCGACACGUCUUCGAUGUUCACCCGGACAAAGGCGACCGCUUCGCCUGCAUGGCCGAUGUCGGUUGGAUCACUGGUCACUCGUACAUCGUCUACGGUCCCUUGAUGAACGGCGUUACCACGCUCAUCUUUGAGUCUACCCCUGUCUAUCCCUCUCCUUCGCGAUACUGGGAGAUCGUCGACACCCACAAGCUCACCCAGUUCUACACUGCUCCUACCUCGAUCCGUCUCCUCCGACGCUUGGGUGAGGAACACGUCAAGAAGCACGAUCUCUCCUCACUUCGUGUCAUCGGUUCCGUCGGAGAGCCUAUUAACCCAGAGGCUUGGCACUGGUACAACGACAACGUUGGACGACAGCAGUGUGCCAUUGUUGACACUUACUGGAUGACCGAGUCUGGCUCGAUCAUGAUCACUCCUCUUCCUGGUGCUACCAAGGCUAAGCCCGGUUCGGCGACCUUGCCCUUCUGGGGUAUCAAGCCUGUCUUGCUCGACCCUACCUCGGGCAAGGUGCUCGAAGGCAACAACGUCCAAGGUGUUUUGGCGAUUGGCCAGCCUUGGCCCUCGGUUGCACGAACCGUUUACAACGACCACCAGCGAUUCUUGGACACCUACAUGCGUGCUUACAAGGGUUACUUCUUCACUGGUGACGGUGCAGCUCGUGACAAAGACGGUUACAUCUGGAUCAAGGGUCGUGUGGACGAUGUCAUCAACGUUUCCGGUCAUCGUCUCUCCACUGCUGAGAUCGAGUCGGCUCUUAUCCAGCACCCUGGUGUUGCAGAGACUGCCGUCGUUGGUAUUCCUGACCAAGUCACUGGUCAGACUAUCGCGGCGUAUGUAACCCUCAAGCCCGAGUUCAGCUACGACAGCGCAGACGCCCUUACCAAGGAGCUCGUCAUUCAGGUGCGAAGAAACAUCGGUCCCUUUGCUGCACCCAAGAAGAUCAUCAUCGUUUCAGAUCUGCCCAAGACCCGAUCCGGUAAGAUCAUGCGCCGUCUGCUCAGGAAAUGCGCUUCCCACGAGACCGACAACCUUGGUGACUUGUCGUCGUUGGCUGAUCCUUCCGUGAUUGAUCACAUCAAGGAGAAGACCAACGCCUUUGACAACAAGUCAAGAGGCUCCGAAGUCUAA